AUGUCACUUACGGCUUUCCUGAAGAAGCUAGAGAUCAAUGCGGAGGGUGGCCUCGUACCUGACCGAUGGAUAAACAAUGACAUCAAGCCUAUCGAGGCUGGCCGACGAACAUGGGGUCAUUGGACAUUUCAUAACUUCUGGGUGCUUGUUAACUCCAAUAUUUCUACCUAUAUGACUGGUAGCUCGCUCAUUGCACUCGGGUUGACUUGGUGGCAAGCUAUAAUUGCCAUUGUCGUUGGACAACUGUUGGCAACCCUUUUUGUUAUUUUGAACUCGAUUCCAGGGGCCUAUUAUUAUUUGGGGUUUCCAGUGGUGAAUCGCUAUGUAUGGGGCAUGUAUGGAAGUGCUUUUGUGAUCUGGAAUCGGAUUCUUCUUUCUAUUGUGUGGUACGGCUUUCAAGCAUGGAUCGGAGGCGAAUGUGUCUACGUUUGCCUACAAGCUAUAUGGCCAAAUAUCGAGUCCCGAAUCCCCAACCACCUCUCCCCAUCAACAGGUACCACAACAGCGACCUUUGUCGCCUACAUAAUCUUCAUGAUCAUCUCACUGCCAUUCAUUUACAUCCGUCCCCACAAGCUGAACAAAUUCUUCUACGGCUCCGCAGCAACGAUUCUAGUAUUUGAAAUCGUGCUCCUCAUUUGGUCCCUCGCAACAAUGGGUGAAAGUGGAUUUGGCUCCACAAUAUCCAACGUAAGCGCCAGUACAUCCGGAUGGAACAUCGCUUUCGGGAUUAUCAGCACUAUCGGAAGUAUCGCAGCUGGUAUUCUGAAUCAGAAUGAUUAUGCACGUUUUGCUCGGAAGCCUACAGAUGCGAUUUGGGGCCAGGCUAUCAGCUUCCCCUUCUACGGGAUUACGUGUUCCAUUAUUGGGAUUCUGGUCACGGCUGCUACGCAAAAUCGGUAUGAUGGGGCGUAUUGGAAUUUGCCAACACUUCUUAGUGCUAUUAUUGAACAUGGGGGUUCGCGGUCUCGGGCUGCGGCUUUCUUUGCUGGUGCUGCGCUUGUUAUCUCGCAGAUUGGAGUGAAUGUUCCUGGGAAUUCAUUAGCGGGAGGUUUUGAUUUGGCUGCUACUUUCCCUCGGUAUAUCAAUAUCCGCCGAGGUGCAUAUAUCACAGCUCUCGUUUCUAUCGCGUGCAACCCCUGGAAGCUUGUGAAUACCGCCACAACAUUCCUUACUGUUCUUAGUAGCUACUCAGUCUUUUUGGGUCCGAUGACUGGUUUGAUGAUAUCGUCGUACUUCUUUGUUAACAAAGGCAAGAUCAAGGUUGAGGAUCUGUUCGUUGGCAACAGUUCUAGUAUAUACUGGUACUCAUGGGGCGUGGACUGGCGAGCUGUUAUCGGAUGGGUUUGUGGAACCGCCCCUUCAUUACCUGGCUUCAUCGCAUAUGUGAACACCAGCAUUGAUGUUCCUCUGGGCUUGACCCAUUUAUAUUACAUCUGUUUUCUCUCAGGGUUUGUGAUUAGUGGUGCUGUGUAUUGUGCACUUCACUUCUCCUUCCCUGCGCCUGCUGUGGUGAAUUUUGUUGCAAGGGCGCCAGCUGCACGUGUGCUGAUGGAAGAAUAUCGGGAACUGUGGGAUCGGGACGAUGAAGUUGAGACGGUGUUCACACCACCGAAACCGAACUUCGAUUGA